AUGUGUCGCUCUGCAAAUGCAUUCGGCAUUAGGCAUUCGCACAUUGAGUGGCGUGGCGACGCGCUGAGAGUGUACUUUGCUCACAUGAAAAAAGACCAGGGCGAAAUUUACUGGGCAACAUCUACAUUUGAUAUGGACAUCCGCCUGUUUCCAGGAUCUGACGAGUAUGAGCGAUUUGGCAAGCGUUUACACUGUCUACUAGAAGAUGCCGAGGUCUCCGCAGAGUUAAAAAGACGAGGUGUGAGCUCAAGUGAUAUUGGGACCCAAUCGAUGCGCAAAGGUGCUGCAACAAAUUGCGUCUCUGGUUCAACCGCCUGUCCGUCGUCUACAGCAGUGCCCUUGCGUAGAGGAUAUGCAUGUUGGGAGAGCUGUUGUUGGUCUACCAUCGAAUAG